UUUCAUUUUACCAGUUCUCUAAUGGCGACCACCAAUGACGGGUCGCCUGCUGGAAUCUGACGUUCAGUUAUUAUUUAGGAUAUUAUUAGAUACUGUGUUUACGUAAACAUGACGGGAAUUUUACCGAGUUACCAACGAUUCGUUAACGGGGUGCCCGUGCCGUCCAUAUCCAGACGCUCGUUUCGUCUUCGCGAAAAAUAUUUGAUUAUUUCUGUUCUCUUGACAUUUGGGAUCGUGUGGCUAGGUGCACUUUUCUAUUUGCCCGAGUUCAAAAGUUCCACGAGUGUGAACGACAGUGUUUAUAAUGUGUACAAACGUAUACAAAAAGCUGGGCCAGAGCUCCUCAUGCCUCCGCCUCUCGCUCAGAACGAAGUCGGUGACUUCCCCGUGGUGGGAAUCGCACGUCAUGGGGAGGAGGGUGACGACCCUCACGUAGUUGAAGACAGGAAUCGUUUAAAAGCGAAGAUAGACGAGGACAUGGGUAUGAAAGUUUUAGAAAGGCCUCAGUUUGACGUCGCACCAUCUGGCUCGUCUUCCCGAGGGCCCAGCAAACCUCCAGUGGACGCCAUCGAGGAGCCAGCACUGGGUAACAAUGCUGCUAACAAGAAUGUGUCCCCACCGGCCCUGAAGGUGGAUAGUGCAGUCCAGAAGUAUGUUAUACCAGCCAUGGAUCCAGGCACAGAUAUAGACGUCCGGCGUAAAAGGGAUACUGUUAAAGAGAUGAUGCGUCACGCGUGGAACAACUACAAGCUGUACGCGUGGGGCAAGAACGAGCUGAAGCCGAUGUCCAAGCGCGCGCACCUCACCAGCGUGUUCGGCGGCGGGGACCUGGGCGCCACCAUCGUCGACGGCAUGGACACGCUCUACCUGAUGGGCAUGAAGGACGAGUUCCGGGAAGGAAGGGACUGGAUAGCGGAACACUUCCAUAUCAAUGAGAUUGACUCUGAUCUAUCGGUGUUCGAGACAACGAUCCGCUUCGUGGGGGGCCUGCUGUCGUGCUACGCGCUGACGGGGGACACGCUGUUCCGCGACAAGGCGGCCGAGGUGGCCGACGCGUUGCUGCCUGCCUUCGAGACCCCCACCGGCAUUCCGUACGCACUCAUCAACCCAUCCAAUAAGAUAAAUCGGCAAUACCACUGGGCUGGGGCGAACAGUAUUCUAUCAGAAGUGGGCACGCUUCACAUGGAGUUCACCUACCUGAGCGAAGUGACCGGAAACGAAAUUUACAAAGAGAAGGUGGAUCGUAUCCGCGAUGUGCUGCACAAUAUACAGAAGCCGGACGGACUGUAUCCUAACUACAUCAAUCCGCGGACUGGAAUGUGGGGCCAAAGACAUACAUCACUGGGUGCAUUAGGAGAUUCCUUUUACGAGUAUCUGCUAAAAGCCUGGCUCGUGACCAACAACGAGGAUGAACAAGCUAGAGCAAUGUUCGACGAGGCCAUGCAACCGGCUCUCGAGAAAAUGCUUCGAACAUCACCUACGGGGCUGUCGUACCUCGCUGAGGUUAAAUACGGGCGCGUGUAUGAAGAGAAAAUGGACCAUUUAUCUUGUUUCGCAGGUGGAAUGUUCGCCCUGGCGUCAACCACUCUACAGAAUACGCUGAGCGAGCGAUACAUGGACGUGGCGAAAAAGCUGACCCACACCUGCCACGAGGCUUACGACCGCGCCGACACCAAACUGAGUCCUGAAGCCUUCAGGUUUUCCGGUGCGGCGGAAGCGCGUGCGAUGAAGAGCAACGAGAAGAUGUACCUGCUGCGACCAGAGACGUUCGAGAGCUACUUCAUUCUGUGGCGCCUCACCAAGGACCAGAAGUACCGCGACUGGGGCUGGCAAGCUGUCCAGGCACUAGAAAAGCACUGUCGGGUGGAGGGUGGGUACACGGGGCUGGUCAACGUGUACCACUCCACGCCGGUGGGCGACGACGUGCAGCAGAGCUUCUUCCUCGCUGAGACGCUCAAGUACUUAUACCUCCUGUUCUCGGACGACGACCUCCUGCCGCUAGACGAGUGGGUGUUCAACACUGAGGCACAUCCCUUCCCCAUCAAAGACAAGAACCCGCUGUACCGCGCCGCCGCCAAACCAGCAGUCGUCGUGCACGAAGACAACCGACUCUAAGACCCGACACACACGUACCGUCAUAUGUGGCAACAUUGCCGUUUUUGGGAGCUUACACUGUUCCUUGAAUUUUUCCAAAAAAAAAUGUAUCUACGACUGUUACAUUUUUGGUAACUGGGCGACUGAUUCUCUUAGUGUGGUUUUCUUUUUAUAUAAAAUAACACUCAUUUAGGACUAACAGUCGUGAACGACAUGUCUCGACAAGCGAAAAAGACAUUGUCGACCAAUAGCUCAGCAUAGCAUCUGUUGGACUAUUGUCGUACACAAACAGUGAAAUUCAUAAACUUUGCGGGGGAGCCCCCAAGGGACCGUUCACCCGCUGAGUGUCAAAUAUAAACUCUAUGCGUUUAUGCCCCUUAGCGGGUGAAAGAACCCCUGGAGCUGCCCCUGCAACAUCUAUGAAUUGCAUUGUAAGACAGUAUUUCGACUUUUGUAUUUUCUCGGAGGGGAACAUGAGUAUUGGUCAUAUUUAAAAGAUGUGGUAAUUGCGGCCAUGUUUAAAAGAUGUUCGUUUUAAAAAAAUCGUGGUAGAGUGGAAUAUCGUUGUCUCUUUCGUCUCAACGCAACGAAAAAGGUAGUGCUAUUUUAGAUUGCGCCGCUAUUUGUCGACAUUUGUCUUUAUCUCGCUGAGAUGUGUUGUGGUGCGCAUUGAGGUACAUAUUACAAUAUUAUGUUAUACCAUAUUAGGCAAACCUUAUUUAUUAUACGAGUAACGUGGUACCUUUAAGAUUUACAAGAUAGCGCCGCGUCGGGAUAUUUCACAAAUAACCCCUACAUGGAAAAAAAAAUGUUUGUUUGAUGCAGAUCAUUCUCAGAUCACGAAACCAAAUACAAUAAUUUCUCGUUUAAACGAUCCUUUAACAUUAUUUAUUAAUAAACUUGCUACAAAAACAAGUAUAUUUAAUAAAUAUGUGACUAUAUCCGAUUAAUUAGUAAAUUACUUCGAAACGACACCAUCUUUAAAGAGAUUUGUUUUAAUGAGAAAAUAAUAUAUAAUAUAUCUAUAUAAUAUAAUGACGUAUCUGGUGUAAUAUGAAUAAAUUCUACUAUAUUUAUAAAGGAAUGCCCAUCACCGGUCCUAGCCCACCCUAACCACCCGGUAAUUUACUUAUCAAAAAAAUCUUGAUAUUUCUACUUUAACAAUGAAAUCAUCAUUUUAUCAAAAAGAGUUUGCUUCGUUUAACUACAUUUUGAAUUCAUCUUUAACUGCUUCGCUCUGCAUAGAAUCCAUGUAUUAGUGUUCAAAAAGAAGUUUAAGCAUGUUUUUUGUAAUGAAAACACCUUCAUACGUAUUUUAACGGGUAAAAAUCACUAGUUGAAACUGAAACACGUUACCUACACUAGCUAAACUAGAUGUUUUUUAAAAAAAAAUUUAGUAGUGGGUUUUAUUUGAUAAACGCAUUGACCUCUUAUAAUAAAAGGAUGCACAAUCAUGUAGAAAAAAUCUCUUAAAAACUGGCCAAUUUAGCUUUGACAGUUUUAGAAUUAUUGGUAAAGAAAAUUAUACCUAAAAGCCUUUAAAUAUAGUCCAAUAUUUAAUAAAAUCCGAAAUUCAGAGUAAAUUCAACCUUAAGGAUUGAGUUUAAGGUUGAAUUUGCAAAUGCGACUACUUGAAUUGAGUGCCAAGAACGUUUUUUGGUCGCUGAUUGUGCAUCCACUUUUUAAAUAAGAGAUCGAUGGAUGACCGAUAUAAAACUGAAGCCUCCCGAUCUCCGAGCGAGUCCAGCUCUAAUUUUAUAAUGGUCUAAUGUUAGUCAGUCAUCCACUCCGUCCGUCGGCGGUGACACUAAAUAGUAUUUUUUCGUUUUUAUAUCAUAAAUCAAAUUCAAGGUCUCUUAUCUUAAAUAUCGCCGCAAACAUUUACAUACUUGUUUUAAAUAUUUCACCAAAAUCUAUACACUGUAGAAUCGUUCUAUUUUCUAGUGCUGCCAACUUUUACCAAAAGACUAUUAAGAUUUGACCCAAAAAUGGCAAUUGUGUAAAAAAAAAUACUAAUCACAUUUUUGCAUAGUGGCAAAGUGAUUGUUGAAAGUUGCCACAUCUGGCGGUACACGUAGCACGAGUAUAUGAAGUUUGCGAGAACUGCAAAUGGUUCCGUAUAUAUUAAUCAUCUUUGAUAUCGGAAACUUAAAAGUCGUGCUAGACUUAAAAUGUGUUAGAAUAGAUUCAUAAAGUUACGAUCGUUUUUCCUCAUCUUAGAUCACACUAGGGACUUUACAUUCAAGGGCAUUCAAUCCUAUAGUAAGACUUAUUUCAAGCCCUGGCUCGUCAUAGACGCAAACUGUAUAUGUUAUGCUUGUAUAACAAUUAACCGAGUGUCACUUACUAUGCACAGUCCAUUGCCGGUUUAGUGUAAAUAAAAAAAGUAAAAACAUUAAUACUUGUUCGGCCAUGACUGACCUAUAAACACUACCGGAUAUUUGAAAACAAUAACUUCAUUUCUUUCUAUGCGCUAUUUACUGACUUUUAAAUUAAAAUGUUUAUAUGUAUUUUUCUUACUAAAUCAUAAUUAUCACUAAUGUGAUCUAAGGCCAGAAACACAUGUUUAUAACGCACUAACAAACGCCACGUGAAAUAAUUGUCCGAUUUGACUGAACAAGCGUCGCGUGACGUGGCUAGCGUAUGUGCACGCAUCGCGUGACGAGGCUAGCGUAUGUCCACGCAUCGCGGGACGUCGCUAGCGUAUGAACGCGCGUCGCGGGUCGUGACAGCUAGCGUACUAGUACUUGUCGCGGUUCGUGGCUAGCGUAUGAACGCGCGUCGUGGGUGGUGGCUAAUGUGUGAACCCGCGUCGCGUGUCGUUAUAGCUAGCAUAUGAGCACAUGUCACGUGUCGUGGCUAGGGUAUGAACGCUCGUCGCGUGUCGCUACUAGCGUAUGAAUGCGUCAAGUUGUGACGCAGUGGCCAGUGCCUAGUCCAUACAAAUUGAUGUUGAAUAUAAUAUACGUAGUAUAAUAUAGUUCUACUGUAAGUCUUUUUAUUUGACGUAUUUAUUAUUAUACAUACUAUGUAAUUAUUCUGUUGUAUACAAAAUUCUUAGCUAAAAAGUAAUCUAUCCCUUUCUAUAAAGUAAGUUGUGACAGAGACGCCAGUUUCCGUAUUACAUUUCAUUUCCGACACAAUAGGUUUUAGUAUAGUGUUUCUUUAUAUUUUCGGAAGACAAUUUGGCUUUGAAUGUAUAGGGAAGUGUAAAAACAAGCGUUUGUCAAGACUAAAACUGUUGGAGUAUCAAUAAUACAAAAACAUUAUUAUCGCCUACCCUAAGCAACACUUUUUAGAUAAACGGGUUUUGAUGUCACACGUCUCUUUCUGUAUCACUCUAAAUUAUUUAACAAUGCGUUAGUGCUUUUAGGUUAAAAACGCAUAUUGUAUGUAUCAACUUACAUACUACAUAUAAAGGCAAACAGUCUUCCGGGAUUAUAAGAACUACCUUAAAUCUGUGUAAAAAGAACUUUUUUUUUACACAGAUUUUAAUAAAUUUUAAACGUUUUUAAAACUCUUAAAUCAAACUUCUCUGUUUUUCUUAUUUAGACGUAUGCGAUUACGUUUGUUGAUAUAUUUUAAAUUAUAUUAAUUAAAUUUACGAUAACUAGACAAAAAAGGAGCUUGCAGUGGAAGGCAUAUCUCAAUAAAAAGUAAAUAGAUAAAAGUUAGAUACAUUUGUUGUUGUAGGCCAAAUGUAGCUGUAAAUUAUAAACAUCGUUUGAUGUAAUUAAAUUAAUUAAGUAAUUUUGUAAAGGACUCGUUUUAGUAUAUCGUAUUUAAAAAAAUUGCCUGUAUUUAUUUUUUUCUAUAACUUUGUUAGCGUUUCUUUACCAUUCAUCCGAUUCUAAUGAAACUAUGGUCAGAAUUGAUAUUCUUUGUGAUGGUUUGCAAAAACCGAAGACACAUUUUGUACCUACGGUUCAAAAUUAAUACUCUUGACUACACUAAGUGAAAAUAGACAUUGCUUAAAUUACCGAAAAGCUAAAAAAUUACGUGAACAUCAAGGACACAGUGACCCUGUCAUAAAAUUUGGAAAGGCAUCGUUUGAAGGAAUUCCGAAAUUAUGCAAGGUCAAUCGUGUAAAAUGUAAGCGUAAAAAAAUGUAAGAUUUUUUUAGCGAACUGAUUUUCAAAAUUAAUUUGCAAUGGUACCAUUACUAUCUUGACCGGACUAUUUAUCUUGGUCAUGAUUGUAUGUACAAACAAAUCGAAUGUAAUUUAAAAUUUCGUGUAAUAUUUUAAAUGCGUAAGUCAAUUAUAAAUAAAAACAAAGUAGUUUGGACACGAAAUAAGCAAAUCUACGUUGAAUAUUACGUAAUUGAUAGUAACCUCAUUUUAUAAGUUGGGGUGGCAGCCACAUUAACAGCUUAAAAACAAAUAAUUAUACAUUAAUAAUAUACUUAUUACAUAUAUUAUUUAUUUAUAUAUUAUGGUAGAUAAUAGAAUUUAUAGCGUAAUUGUAUUCAAUAAUACUCGCAAAUAAUAAAAUCAAGUUUUCAAAAACACGAAUUGUCAUGAUAUUAAUGAUUUUUUUAAACCCGCUGUAAACAUUAUAAUGAAAUUUAUAAAAAAAAUAAUUUAUAAAGCAUCAUUAGUUAUAAAACGUGUCAUGUAAAAAGAGUGCAAAAUAAUACCUAAGUUUUAUAUUUAUUACAAUUAAUAUUUACUUUAUAAAUCUUUUUACGUGGCGCGAUCUAUAUCUUUGUUGUUCAUUGUAAUAUUUAAUAUUUAUAGUUUGAAUUCAAAGUGGUAUAUUCUUAUUAGAUCUCAUACUAUUUAAAAAUAAUAAUCAUAUAUAAAACAAAAAUAUUAUUGCAUUUGUAUUUUUUAUAUUUAAAUAAUAUUUUUCAAUUGUAGAAUUGCCUAGUUGUUUUCAAAAUGGUGAACCAAAAAUCAUAAAUGAUUUUUUAAAAUUAUACUGCGGUGUACUGAAUGUUUAUACAUGAAAUAAAAUCGACGGCCUAUCUAUUUAUGUUAUUGAGCAGUAUAUACUAGUAUACCUACGCAAAUGCCAAAUCGCUUAACUGAUUCCUUCCCUGCGUGAUACAGGCGCGAAUAGGCGACAGAGGUGCUCCCCUGUAAAAACCUAAUGCCCACAGAGGGUUUUUACAGGCGAAGGUACAGAGAUGACCUUCGCAGGUACUUCGCAGGUAAAAGACUCAGUUAUAUGGUUUAAAAUCUACACGUAACAAUUUCUUUGGUAUUAUUUUGGUACAAUAGACAAGAUAAAUAAUACUUAUCGGUGCUCUGUAGCGCCAUUCUGUAAGAGGCUACAGAUCUUCAGUUUUAACUGCGCAGUUAAACGGUUUUAUCGAAUCGAAAUUUGAUCAAAAUCAUCAAAGAAUAUUGUACAGUUAAAAAUGCACGGGUAAAAGAUUUUUUUGCAAUUUGACUGUGUGAUCCUUGGAGUCGUUUCUAUCUGUCUCUCUCUGUCUAACAUCUUGCUAUAGACAGAGAGAAAGGCGAAUCCGAAACUCACAUUCGAGUUUUAAAAACAUCAUAACAGAAUAGCGCUGCCGUUCUCUAGAACGAAUACAUCUAACGCUCCUUGUGGAACAAUAGGGUAGUUGACUCAAAUCAAUAAUAAUAUAAACAAUAUUAACUUCGUGUACUACAUGGAAUAAGGGUCCGAAACAUAUCGAUAUUCAUUAAUAACAGUUAAGAAUUUCAAUUUUUCUCAAUAAAUUUUUCCAAACGUCAAAAACGCUGACAUCCAUUUUGUAACAUCACAAUGUGAUGUAAUAAAGGAAUAAACGUGAAACUAAUUAAUAAUUUUGACAAACACUUAACCCUUUACCAUACCACUGUACCAUCAUGGCGGAUAACAUUUUGGAUAGUAUUGUCAAAAAAAUAUUUAAAAUUAAAUUUUUUUAUGUAUAUCAUGUCUCAAUUUUUUUUUCAAUCUAGUAAAAUGCUAAUGAACAUAUGACCCUUUUAAAAAAGUGUCGACUAGCCUAUUGUGACCUACUUACUUACUACGUACGAAUUUAAAUUAUUUAGUAAAUAAUUUGUUUAAUAAAAAUAAAUACUGUUUUGUGCCCAGGAAAGCACCUUGAUUCCUUUAUCUUGUCUAUGCUCUAUAAUAUACUUGUAAACCCUCUGAUAUUAGACGAAGGUAGUUCAAUUUGUGUACAUUAUGUAUAUAAUAGUCAUAGAUUACUAAUAGUUUUUAGAUAUUCAGCGUGUAAUCGUUAAUUUUUAACCAAGGGAUGCGUGCAUGGUUCUUGUAUGUUAUCUUGUUUUUUUUUAUGAAAUUAUUUUUAUAUUAUUUCGUUUGUUUUGUAUAAAUUCAAUCUAGCAUAACAUUGAUAUAACUGCCAUCUUGAUUUCUGUUGUAAUAAAAUAUUUAUGUGGUGAUAAGGUUAUUAGUUUUAUGUGUGAUGUUGACUGAGUCGUACGUUUAUUAUACUUUAACAAACCGUCAUAAUAAAUCUAUGGGCUGAUGAGCUCGAUUUUUUUUACUACAGAAAUGUUAACGCGGUUUUCUUUUUAACAAAGUAGUUUAAUUUAAUUAAAAAGGAAUUAUUGUUUUUUUUUUGGAGGUAAUGGGGCAGGACAGGAGUCGACUCUACAAUGUUCAAUUUCCUCGACCUCUCUGACGCAGUUGGUAAUGCUGUUUUAACAGAUACUUCCUGGGUUGGAUUCCCAGUUUGGGUCCUUAUAGGUUUUUUGUUUGUAUUAUGUAAAUUGUCUCGUCUUGAUGGCUAGUUAAGUACCACCCUACCGUCUAAGACGUACCGCUAAGCGGGUAGAAUUGUAUAUCUUCCAAGUUAGCUCGUUUAGCAUCUUGGACUACAUCGUCACUUAACAACACGUGAACAGUCGAGGGUUAAAUUGUGAUUGAAUAAAAGAAGUUGCGAAGUAGAACAUUGAACAUUGUAGGGUUAACAUUUUUUACUAUUUGGGAACGUGUGGUACGACAUUUAAAGUAAGAUAGAUUGUAACCGUAAAUCGACGGUAGUUUCAUUACCAACGAUUUCAUACUAUUAGAUAUGUUACUUGCUUACAAGAUCCGAAUUCACCUACUCCACUGAGCACACACAUGCAUAAUGUGUGAUUACUUACAUUAUAUAUUUAUGUAGUUAUAUAUAAUUUCUAAACUUCCUGAACACACAACUCGACAUUUUAGAGUGUAUUAUUUGAAUAACUUUCGUUGUUGACUCUGCGACUACAUGAAAUGAAGACAAUUAACCACAUUUGUUCGCCUCAGCUUCGACGCGCUAGUGACAUAUCUAAUAAUAUAAAAUCUUUGUUUUAUACAUACGAUAAAUUGAAAUGCGUGUAGGAGGAUAUAACUAUUGCGUAUAAAAUAUGUAAUAAAAAGUCGCGUUAAUGUUUAACUGUUCUUAACCCUCUUGUUUAAGGUUUUAUAAUUAAAUAAAAAAUAUUAAAUAUUGUUUAGAA